CCUGCGGACGGCUGCUCUCCUCCGGCCUGAUCCUCGGCUGCACUCCGCUCCUCUCCGACUCUCCUCGACUCUCCCUCCUCUCUCUGUCCGCUCUAGGUACUCUCUCCGUGAGUAAACAUGGCCAGCAGCUUUUCCCGGGUCCUGUCCUCCAGGCGGCACCUCGGCCUGCUGUCUCUGGCCGGAGCUGGCUCCGUGACCGCCGCCUUCCUCCUCCAUCAGCACCGGGACCGGUCAGUGAACGCCGAGGCCGUGAGGAGGAGGUACCCCGCCAGUGCGGAGUACCCCGACCUGCGCAAACACAACAACUGUAUGGCCACUCACCUGUCCCCAGCCAUCUAUGCCAAACUCUGUGACAAGUCCACCCCCAACGGCUACACGCUGGACCAGGCCAUCCAGACUGGAGUGGACAACCCUGGGCACCCCUUCAUCAAAACUGUGGGCAUGGUGGCAGGAGACGAGGAGAGCUACGAGGUGUUUGCAGAUCUGCUGGACCCUGUGAUCAAAGAGAGACACAAUGGAUAUGACCCCCGAACCAUGACCCACCCCACUGACCUGGACUCCAGCAAGCUGAAGUCGGGCAUGUUUGAUGAGAAGUAUGUGCUGUCGUCUCGUGUGAGGACAGGACGUAGUAUUCGUGGGCUCAGUCUGCCUCCUGCGUGUACUCGGGCUGAGCGACGAGAAGUGGAGCGUGUGGUGGUGGAGGCGCUUUCCGGACUAAAGGAAGAUCUGGCCGGGAAGUACUACAGUCUGACCCAGAUGACCGAGAAGGAGCAGCAACAGCUUAUAGAUGACCACUUCCUGUUUGACAAACCUGUGUCUCCACUGCUCACCUGUGCGGGUAUGGCCCGGGACUGGCCCGACGCCCGCGGCAUCUGGCACAAUAACGAGAAGACAUUUCUGAUCUGGAUCAACGAGGAGGACCACACCAGAGUCAUCUCCAUGGAGAAGGGAGGCAACAUGAAGAGAGUGUUUGACAGGUUCUGUAAAGGGCUCAAAGAGGUGGAGCGUCUGAUCCAGGAGCGUGGCUGGGAGUUCAUGUGGAACGAGAGACUCGGCUACAUCCUUACCUGCCCCUCCAACCUGGGCACAGGACUGAGAGCAGGUGUACAUGUCAAGCUACCACUUCUCAGUAAGGAUCCACGCUUCAAUAAGAUCCUGGAUAACCUGCGUCUGCAGAAGAGAGGUACAGGGGGCGUUGACACCGCCGCCGUGGGUGGAGUUUUUGACAUCUCCAACCUGGACCGCCUCGGCCAGUCUGAGGUGCAGUUGGUGCAGACCGUGGUGGAUGGGGUGAAUUAUCUGGUGGAGUGUGAGAAGCGUCUGGAGAAAGGUCAAGACAUCAAAGUCCCUCCUCCCAUCAAGACCUUCAACUAGAGAGCGCCCCCUGCAGUCACACCCCUGUAUCUGCGAUGUAUAACCUACAGUCUAUAAUCACUAUAAACAUCAAAAGCCAUUUAUCAAAUCUGACUGUGAAGAGAGGGAAGUCUGUCAAAGUUUAUUUCAAUGUUUGAAGGAGUUUAGUCGAGUUUUAGAGUUUAAAGCACAGUUUGAAGCACAGAGAAAGGUGCAUAUUUUAUUAAACUAAUGCUAUUUAUUAUAUUUCAGGUUCAUCUUAUUCUAAACUUUAAACACGUUUGACCUCUGUUAGAAUAUUGAAUACUUUCAUCAAAUUUGUAAUUUAAUUAAUUGGCAAAAACAAUAUCUGUUCUUCCAAUAUUACCAAACUUUCACAAAUUUGUCAACAAAAAUAUAAAAAUAUGCACUUCUUUUAUCAAUUUUACAAAUUUUUUAAUGGUACAGUUCUUUCAUAUUGGUGUCUGUAGCAGAAUAUUAAUUGUAUCAGUGAUUUAGAGCCAGGUUAAAAUGUUUAAAAUGUGUUAGUAUUGGUUUAGUCUUGUUGCUGCUGAAUGUGUCCACUCUGAGAUGAAGAAUGCACUAAAAUCCAGGUUUAACCCUAAUGCAUUGAUAAUAAUAUAUUAUUUGUACAUAAAUGUGAAAUCUCUGGCACUUUUGCAUUUUGAUUGUUGUGAUUCUGAUGCAUUUAAAGGCAUUAUUUUUGUUUCUCGAAAUAAUUUGUAUAAAUUAUAGUUUCAACGUUUUCUUAUUUUAGAUGAUCCUGUCCGUGAUUUUACGAAUGCCUGAGUAAAGGAGGCACGAAGAGGUGAGGAAAGGAGACAAAUAGGCUAGGAAAGACAAGGAGAGGAUACAAGGAAAGUAGGCCAGGAGAGUAGACAAGGAGACAAAACUAGAAAGCAUGUGAGGAAGCAAAGAAGUGUCUAAGAAAAUCCUGUUUGUUUCAUCAGUGUGACUUAAAUCUUAACUGUUAUGUAUCUGUAUGAUAUAUUUAGUAUUCAUCUAAAGGAAAUAUAAUAAACAAAUAUAAAGUGUAUUUUUAAAGCCAUACUACAUUUCCCAUAAUGCAUUUCAGUCUGCAGUGACAUUACCAUUCCAUCCAAAUAUUUACUAUCAAACUAAGCCAUGACAUGUUUUAGUGUUAUAUCAGAACUAACCCGGAAAACUAAGACUAAACAGGGUCUAAAGUAUGGACUAAACCAGGACUUAAAUAGGUCUAGACUAGGGUCUUUUCAUUCUAAAACGCUUUUGCUUGAGAAUAUUUUAUGCAAUAACCUGACUUCACCAAACCCUGCCCGUUUUACUUGUGUACACCCCGCCCUUCUCCGUUUCCAUGGUGAUGUGAAUGUCUCUGAUGAAUGUCUCAUGUUUUAAUAAAGCUCAUCUUUAACAAU